GAGAGAGACAGACAGAGAGAGAGAAAGCGGCGGAGAGAGAGAGAGCGAGAGAGAAAGCGGGACAUCUGCGACUUAAACAGUGAUCUUCUAUAAAGUUGCGGCUGUUUGGAGGAAAACAUGAACAUGAGCGACCAAGUAACAGAUUUCUCUGGAAGCUGGAGAAUGAAAAGCUCAGAAAACUUCGAGGAGCUGCUUAAAGCGCUUGGCGUGAAUGUCUUUCUGAGGAAAAUCGCUGUAGCGGCAGCAUCCAGGCCCUCGGUUGAGAUCAAGCAGCAGGGAGAGACUCUGUCCAUACAGACAUCCACCAGCGUUCGCACUACUCAUGUGUCCUUCACCGUGGGUCAGAUCUUCAACGAGACCACCGUAGAUGGACGACCAUGCACGAGUUUUCCAAAAUGGGACACUGACAGAAAGAUCACCUGUGAGCAGACUCUGCUGAAGGGCGAGGGACCACAGACAUCCUGGACUCGUGAGCUGAACGAUAACGGGGAGCUUGUACUAACUAUGAGCGCUGGAGAUGUCAUCUGUACUCGUGUCUAUGAGCGAGAGUGAGGACUCGCAUUAUUGGUCUCGCUCAAUGUUUCAGUUAAUCAUUUAUACUGUGGUACAAAUUGCCUUUUACUGUAUAUUUGCUGUCUACUAUCAACUGCCAUCAAUCUUUUAAUAUGUCAUCAUAUAUUACUGUAUGUACAGCACAGUGCAAAAGUAUUUGCACCUUACAGAUUUCUUCUAUCUUUGCAUAUUGUUCCCACUUUAUUGUUUCAGUUUCUGAUCUAAACAAAAUUUGAAAGAAUCGAAGCUUUACUUAAAGAAGAGAGGAUAAAGAAAAUGACUGAAAUUGAAAAUUGAAAUUUGGAAAGACUUACAAAGCCGUUUUCUAAGGCUCAGGGACUUCAGGGAAGCCCAGUAAGAGCAUUAUCUCCAAAUGAAGAAUCCUUUGAAUAGAAUUGAAUGUUCCCAGAAGUGGGGAUGACAUGAAAGUCAUGAAAGGUCUCCUCAGGUAAGGUCAGUAAUCAUGACUCAUGAGGCAAAAAUGGUGUCAAAACACUCAGAUGAUCCAUAAGCCUUUUGCAAAAAAAUUUGCAAAAGAUCUUGGAAGAUAUUAGUCCUAAUAGAUUUAGUGUAAAGCUAAACAUUCUACAAUAAGAUAAUCAUUAUUCCAACAGUGAGACAUGGUGGUGGUAGUGUGAUAGUGUGGGGAUACCUGGGAGACUUGCCCUAACUAAUUGAUAAUUGAUAGAACCAAUAAUUCUGCUCUACAAGAAAUUUAAUUUUGUCUGGAAAGACAAAAUAAAAGUUUUAGAGUGGCCUUGUUAAAGUCCUGAACCCCAAUGAGAUGCUUUAACAGGUCCUUAAAUCGGCAGGUCGUGCUUGAAAGCUCUUCGUUGUCUCUGAUUUAAAGCAAUCCUGCAAAGAAGAGAGGACAAAAAUUCUUUUAUAGGAACUGAAAGACUAAUCUCCUUUCAUCAUGAGCUUCUGGUUGCUGCAAAAAGUGCCACAACUAGUUAUUGCAAAUGGGGGGCAAUUAUUUUUUUAGUUUGGAGCUCCUCAGAUAUUAUGUGUGACAAAUAUGCAAAAAUAGAAAAAGCAAUGUAUGAAUAAAACUUAUGAGUGAAAUUCUGUGUGUGUAUGUGUGUGUGUGUGUGUGUGUGUUAAGCCCUAUAUUCUGGCCAGAUCUUGACAAAAAAUCUGCAUGUUUUAUUGUCUUAUUAUCAAUAAAACCAUUGUUACAAAUAUA